AUGAGUGUUUUUUCUGAGAAAGACGGUGCGCUGCCAGAUCUUGGUGAUGAAAAAACAAAAAAUAGUCAAAUCUCCAUCCAGGAAGUCACGACACAUCCUAACGGUCUCAUUGAGGAAAUCAAAAUCCUCAAUCGCCUUAAUCCGAGCGCAACCUACCAAUGCAAUGGAAAGGAGCCAAAAUCGGUCUCUUUGCUCGAGGUGAUCGUUGAACAUGCAAAAAGCCGUCCCCAUCAUGCGGCCAUUUGCGCUUCGGAUGGAACACUAUCCUACGCGCAACUAGAACAAAUUACGACAAGAUGGGCCAGCCAUCUUCAAACACAGGGAGUUGGACCUGGUUGCCUAGUUCCGAUGAUGAUGGACCAUUCGAAGUGGGCGGCCGUUGCGGAAAUCGCCAUCCUGAAAGCUGGUGGCGCCUUUGUGCCAUUGGAUCCGGCCCAGCCAGUAGCCAGACUGGAAGACAUUGUCCAACAAUGUGAUGCGAGACUUGCUGUUUCGUCUAGUGGCCACAUCAACAAGUUAUCAAACCUUGGAGUCACUGUUGUUCCGAUGUCGGAGGAGACAACAAGAGGCCUGCCCUCGGCCGAUACUCUUAGACCUGUCCCACCUGAUCGCACUGCUUAUGUUCUCUUCACAUCUGGAAGCACAGGGUCCCCGAAGGGAUGCGUGAUCAGCUACGGGGCUCUGAGCGACGUCAUACAUCAAACCAAAGCACUGAAAAUUGCGCCUGAGAGUCGGGUGCUACAAUUCGCUUCAUAUACCUACGGAAUGUCUCUGAUUGAGAUUUAUUGCACACUGUCAGCUGGAGCGACGAUAUGUGUACCCUCAGGCAACGAUAGAAUGAAUGCGUUGAACAGUGUUAUCCGAUCUAUGAAGAUCUCAUGGUCGAUCUUGACUCCUUCAACAACAUUGUCGAUUACGGACUCGGUGAACUACCUGCAGACACUAGUUGUUGCAGGCGAGACCUUGACGCUCGACCGUGUUCACGCUUUAGCAGACAAGGUUGAGCUUAUACAAGCUUUUGGCCUAACGGAAUGGGGUGGAAUCUGCUGCGUAUCGCAACGAAUUACCUCGCAGUCCGAUAGACAAGUCAUUGGCCGGUCCCCAACUGCGCAUCUCUGGCUUGUUGACCCCGAUGACACCAAUAGAUUGGCCCAGGUCGGUGCGGUUGCUGAGUUGUUGGUUCAGGGUCCGGCUCUCGCAGACGGGUAUCUAGGGCAGCCCGAGAAAACAGCCGCAGUGUUCCUGCAACAUCCUCCCUGGCUUCCCUCGUCGGCCACUGAUACCCGUUUAUACCGGUCCGGCGACUUGGUGCAAUACACUUCGAACGGAGACCUCCGAUAUGUCUCGAGAAAGGACGCUCAAGUCAAGAUUCGGGGUAUGCGGGUUGAACCGGCUGAGGUAGAAUAUCAGAUCCGGCAAGCAUAUUCCCAGCUGGAUCAAGCCAUUGCCGUUGCCGCAGCUCCGAAGGAUUCCAACGGAAUUCCUAUCCUCGUCGCCUUUUUACAUUCGGGAAACCAAAACGACCUAUCAGGACAGACUUUUUUGAAUAUGCUGGAGAAGAUCAAGAAAUCUGUAGUUUUGACACUUCCAGAUUACAUGCGCCCCAGCGUAUAUUUUCCGUUGGACUCGGUCCCACUCACAAUCUCGAGAAAGGUGGACAGAAAAGCUUUGAAAGAGAUUAUUCUUACUUCAACACGUGAAGAGCUGGAGAUGCAGCAGUCAAUCUCCGCAUCGAUAGUCUCCCCUCAGAAUGAAGUUCAACAAAUGACACUGGAAGUAGUCGCCGAGGUGCUUCAUUUAGAACCAGGUUCAUUUGGCCUGGACCACAACUUCGUCAGUCUUGGGGGUGACUCUGUCACAGCUAUGCUGUUGGUGAAUAGAUUCGCGAAGCGUUGCUACGAUAUAACAGUCGGACCACUCCUUAGCGCACAAGCACUGUCUCAAAUCGCUUCACUGCUUCAACCGCGAAUCCAACCUAAUACCAGCGAAGUGAGGCAGAAUGAUGUCGCAGCUAACGCGCAGUUGAAGAGUCACGCUGAAACGAACACGUAUAUCACUAUCCCUAGGCUCGCUCACGGCGGUUCAAUCGAGCAAUCAUUUUCACAGGCGCGAAUGUGGUUCCUGCAAGAGAUGCAUGCGAACUCGACUUGGCUGCUCCUCCCGCACGCCACGCGCUUUCGGGGCCAAUUGAAGCUCGAAGCUCUCAACGCCGCCAUUUCCGCGGUGGUCGAGCGCCAGGAAUCCUUGCGAACCACUUUUACGAGCCGAAACGGAGUUGGAUUGCAAGUCGUCUCCCCUUUCCGACCCCAAUCAUUGAAGGUGGUGGACAUGACUUCCGCGUCGAACGACGAGCUCAUGAGUGACAUCUACCAGCUACAAAAUACGCCUAUGGACCUCACCAAAGAGUGCUGGCGUGUCACUCUCUUCCGAUUAACCCCCACGGACCAUGUGCUUUCAAUUGUUCUGCACCAUAUCAUCGCUGACGGCUGGUCAUUUGACAUCUUUGUGAAAUCUUUGGGAAAAUAUUAUAAUGCUGUCGUUCGAGGUCAGUCUCCGCUUCACGUCGACGCUCCUCUUCCAAUCCAGUACCGGGACUUCACCGUCUGGCAGCGACAAGAGAAGACUGCCGUGCAUGGAGAGCAGCUCGCUUACUGGGAGCGACAGCUGGAUGGUAGCCACCCGCUCGAGUUUCUGUGUGAUAGGCAUCGACCCAGCAUGCUCUCCGGUGAAGCUGGUUGGCUGCCAUUGAAGAUUGACGGCUCUCUCUACCAAGAUCUGCACCGUUUCUGUCGCUCUCACCAGGUCACCCCCUUCUCUGUGCUAUUAGCCGCUUUCCGGGCGAUGCAUUUUCGCCUCACUGGGGCCAGUGACGCAACCGUUGGCAUUCCCGCUGCGGCUCGCACGUGCACUGAGCUGGAGGACCUGAUCGGUUAUUUUGGCAACGUUCAAUGCAUCCGGACUAAGGUUGAAAGUCAAGAUCAGUCCUUUCGCCAACUUGCAGAUCAUGUCCAAUCAGUCACUACUGAUGCUUUCGAGAAUCAAGACGUACCUUUUGACAAAAUCGUUUCUCGGCUGAUGAAGGAUCGCGAUGUCUCUCGCCACCCACUAGUUCAGGUUACGUUUAUUCUACAUCCGCAGACCAAUUUUGGUCAGCUCCGACUGGAAGGUCUUCAGAUAGAGGAACUGCGUCUUCCACGAGUCUCAAGACUUGAUCUCGAAUUCCAUCUUUAUCCCGGAGAUGACUUCUUUCAAGGAGAUAUCCACUACUCUGUGGACCUGUUCAAUAAGGAAACAAUUCAGGGAAUGCUGUCAGUGUUCUACGACAUCCUUCGGGAAGGCCUUCGUUACCCAGACACCGAUGUAGGCACCCUUGCCUUGACUGACGUUCAUCAUGCUUUGAAUGAGCAAGGAUUGAUCUAUCCAGAGCUCCAGGCUCCUGCUCCCAUGUUGAAUAUUAUUGACAUUUUUCUCGAGCAAGUGGCCACUCAUUCAGAUGAAAUCGCGAUCCAAGACAGCAAAGCCCGGCUCACCUACUCCGAGCUCGAUCGGAGAUCCUCAUCUCUGGCUGCCUGGUUGAAAAAACGAUACUCGUUAUCAUUGGAAACUCCAGUUGGGGUCUAUGCUCCUCGAUCUUGUGAGGGUAUCAUUGCCAAUCUCGGUAUUUUGAAGGCGGGGCUUGCGUAUGUCCCCUUGGAUAUCGAUGCUCCCAAGAACCGCAUUGAGACGAUUCUGUCCUGCCUGCCAGCUUGCCAGCUUGUCCUGUUGGGAUCUGAUCAGAUACCCCCUGCUAUCUCUGUGCUGGGCGUCAAGUUUACCUAUAUCUCGCACUCAUUGGGUGAGACGACGGUGGAUGAAGGGCGAGAAUUCAUGAGCACCGCACCCAUCACCAGCCCGACCAGUCUGGCUUGUAUUUUGUUUACCUCUGGUACGACUGGAACGCCCAAGGGAGUAAUGAUGGAACAGUAUGGCAUUGUUCGACUAGCUAAAGACUCCGAGAUUGUCGCACACGUCGCCGCAUCCAAGGUUUCGUCAUAUAUGCUGAGUCCCGUUUUUGACGCCUCUGGCUUUGAUAUUUAUCCCGCUUUGUUGAACGGUGGCACCUUGGUGUGUAUUGACCGGCAUGACACCUGGGACUAUGCAGCGCUACAAGAGACUUUUGUGAAGAAGGAGAUACGGCGCGCCGUGAUGACGCCGGCAAUGCUGCGUCAGUGUCUCAUCUCUGCCCCGGGUCUCAUCAGUGGGCUGAAUAUCCUCUAUGUUGGAGGCGACAAACUGGAACCGGCCGACGUCACCAAGGCGCGGCGCUACAACCACAGCCUUCAGAUUUUCAAUUGCUACGGGCCCACCGAGAACUCGAUCAUCAGCACGCGGUACGCUAUUCCUGACUACGAGUCAGGCGUUAAUGGCAUCCCUAUUGGGCGCGCAAUUGUCGGGUCGGGCGCUUACGUGAUGGACUCCAACCUGCGUUUGGUCCCCAUCGGUGUCCUGGGCGAACUGGUAGUCACCGGGUUAGGACUCGCCCGAGGCUAUGUGAAUCCCGAACAAAACCUCAAUCACUUCGUGACCAUCGACAUCGGUGGCAGCUCCGUUCGCGCCUAUCGAACCGGAGACCUGGUUCGAUACAGGUCCUGUGACGCCCAGAUGGAGUUUUUCGGCCGCAUAGACCAGCAGGUUAAGAUUCGGGGCCACCGCAUCGAGCCUGCGGAGAUUGACAAUAUUUUACUUGGCAACGACUUCGUCACGUCCGCCGUUACAGUGUUGCAGAAACGGGACGCCCAGGCGGAGCCAGAGCUUGUCAGCUUCGUUACGGUGGACGACUCUAAGCAGAAUGCUGCCCGUUUGGAGUCCCAGAUUCAGAGAGACCACAUUGACACCUGGCGAGAUAGAGUGGAUGCAGAUGAUCACUAUGGUGGCGUUGAUAGGAUCCAGCCGAAUACCGUCGGUCGAGACUUCCUGGGCUGGGUCUCUAUGUAUACAGGCGAGCCUAUCGAUGAUAUGGAAAUGAGGGAAUGGCUAAAUGAUACCAUUGCCGCCAUCCGCCGGUUGGAGCCCAAUCGGGCGCUGGAAAUCGGAAUGGGCACGGGAAUGAUUCUAUUUAAUCUGAUUGACAGUCUUGACCACUACUUUGGCUUGGAACUGUCUAGUCAAGCGGUUGAGUUUGUUCAAAAGGCAGCGGGCUCGAUUAAAGGGUUGGCGAACAAAGUCAAUGUACAAGUCGGCACCGCAGCCGAUCUGGCCGCCUUGAAGACUGCAGGGCCGUUCGACCUCGCGAUCAUAAAUUCCGUGGUGCAGUACUUCCCUUCGGUAUACUAUCUGCUCAGAGUGAUCUUGGACCUUAUCCACUUGCAAGACGUCAAGUGUAUCUUCUUCGGUGAUAUACGCUCGUACGCCUUGUAUCAGGAGUUCCAAGUCAGCAAAGUUCGACAGCUCUACGGUCACACCUUGACCGCGCCGGAUUUCAAGGGGCGAAUGGAGGAAGCAGCUCGCUCUGAGAAAGAGCUACUGGUAGAUCCGACUUUUUUCACUUCGUUGGCCAUGGAAUUGCCCGACCUGAUCGAGCACGUCGAGAUCUUGCCCAAGCAGAUGAAAUUCACAAAUGAACUCAGCUCCUAUCGAUACACGGCCAUCCUGCACAUCAAGCGCUAUCAUCAGCCACGGUUGAAUGUUCGAGAGGUCGAGCAGAGCUCAUGGGUUGAUUUUCAAAUACAAAAAUUGGACUCCCGAUCCCUGGCGCAGCUGUUAAAGACACCUGGAACUUCCCCCGUUCUCGCCAUCAGCAACAUCCCUCAUAAAAAGACGAUUAAAGAACGAUUCAUAAUCGAUACUCUUCAAUCCUCGAUGCUGGAAACCAGUCGCGCGGGGUGGAGUCUGGAUGCCUGCAAGAGAGCCGACACUUACCCGGCACUAGCUGUACAUGAUUUGCUAGAUCUUGCGCAGCAGACCGGGUGGGAGGUGGAGAUCAGUUGGGCAAGACAAGGCUCGCAGCGCGGCGGGUUGGACGCAAUCUUCCACCGUCAUGCUGCCACUGAGGGCAGAGGCCGUGUGCUAUUUCGAUUCCCAACCGAUCACCACCAGCCCGGCCCCAUCGAUGUUUUCAGUAAUAACCCAUUGAAACUGCAGCGAAACCAACUGAUCGAAAGCCAGCUCUUGGAGAGACUUCGUGCCAAGCUUCCGUAUUACAUGGUGGCCCAGCUGGUCCGUGUGCUGGACCGAAUGCCAAUAAAUAAUGUCGGCAAGGUGGACAGAAAUGCUCUCGCGCAACGGAACGACAUUGGUUUCCAACAUGCCAGCACCAAAAUUUCAGAAUUGGCGUCCCGACGAGUGGCCUCGUCGUUCGCAAAUGAGACUGAGCGCGCCUUGUGGGAAGAGUUCACGAGCGUCCUAGGAGUGGAGGUUGGUAUUGAUGAUAGUUUCUUUGACGUCGGUGGACAUUCCUUGAUGGCCAUCAAGCUCAUUUCCAUGAUCAACAAGCGAUUGGGAUCGACUCUCCGCGUGACUGAUCUCUUCCAGUAUCCUACAAUUACUCGUCUGGGCCAGCAAUUGCAAGAUUCCGGAAGUCGUGCGUCUACCGUGGUCGUCACCAAUAUCUAG